CAACAAAGUCAGACAACCGAACACAACACAGCACAAACACAAACACAAAAAUCUGAAGUUCUCAGCCACAUCAACACAGUCCAUCAAAUCGGCCAAAAACAUCACCAUAAUAUACGGACUAAGCAACUCAAACUCAGUUUCUUGACCCACUAUUGUCUCUGUUUCAUCCCCUUCCACUCCCACUUUCACUCUUUCCCAACGCUUCAAUUUUCGGCCUUCAUUCCUAUCUUCUCUUUCUCUCCUCAACUCUCAUUCAGUUCCCUUUUUCUUCAAGCUUGUUAGAUCUGAUUUAUUGCAGUAUCAGCGACGGCGGUGGAAAGUCCGAGAAUCUCCACACCCAGUAACGGUUUUGCGCGGCAUGAAGCAAAUGGAGAAGUGGGGUUCUUUCUGAGAGAGUUUACGAGGUGAGGGCACGAGAAAGAUUCGAUUUUUAGGGGUGGUGGGGUUGUUUUGCAUGCGGGAAUGGAAACGAGGAUGAAGAAGUACAACCGGCAAGUGAGUCCGGAGAGGGCAAAAGUGUGGACUGAGAAGUCCCCAAAAUACCACCAGAGUCUGAAGGUACCCGUGAUUUAUUAUCUUUGUCGAAACAGACAGCUAGAGCACCCUCAUUUCAUGGAGGUCCCACUUUCUUCACCGGAUGGACUAUACUUGAGAGAUGUGAUUGAUAGACUUAAUGCGUUGAGAGGUCGAGGUAUGGCUUCUUUGUACUCAUGGUCUUGCAAGAGGAGCUACAAGCAUGGAUUUGUGUGGCAUGAUCUAUGUGAAGAUGAUAUAAUUCUUCCAGCUCAUGGAAAUGAAUAUGUUCUCAAAGGUUCUGAGCUCUUUGAUGAAUCGAAUUCAGAUCGUUUCAGUCCCGUGAAUAAUGUUCAAAUACAAAGCGUGAAGCUGUUGCCGGGGCCAGCUUCUUCUAGGAGCCACGAUGAAGCCUCAUCCUCUUCUAGCAUGAACGGGAAAGAGACAAGAAUCUCCCAGGAUGACGAGCUUUCCCAGGAACAACAAUCUGGUUCCUCUGAUGUUUCUCCUGAGGCUAGAGCUGAAAAGGGUGAUGCUCUGAGCCUGGCAUUGACAGAAUACAAAAUUUAUAAAACUGAUGGACUUGCUGAUGCUUCAACUCAGACUGAAGAAAAUGUGAGCAGAUCCAGGGGUCAGAAAACUUGUACAAGGGGUGUAUCAACGGAGGAUGGAUCAUUGGAAUCUGAAUGCCAUGAAAUAUGUCAAGUUGAAGAAGAUCCACAAGUGAAAGAUACUCCACAAAUCUGCAGAGAUACAGUUUCUCCUCCCUCAACUUCAAGUUCCUCGUCUUUUGUGGGGAAGGCUGAAACAUUGGAAUCUCUUAUUAGAGCUGAUGCUAGCAAAGUAAACAGCUUUAGGAUUCUGGAGGAGGAGAGCAUGCGGGAACCAACCAACACGAGGUUGAAAGCUUCAAAUUUGCUGAUGCAACUGAUCUCGUGUGGCUCAAUAUCAGUGAAAAACCACAGUUUUGGACUUAUUCCUUCAUAUAAGCCUAGGUUUUCCAGCUCAAAAUUUCCUUCCCCACUGUUCUCAACUUCUUUUGUGUUGGGGGAGUUAGAUUGCUUAGCUGAGAAUCCAAAGUUGAUGAGCCUCAGAUUGGAAGACAAAGAAUACUUCAGUGGAAGCUUAGUUGAGACUAAACUGAAGGAAGGAAAUGGACUUAAUGUUCUGAAACGCUCUUCAUCCUACAGUGAUGAGAGGACAUUUAAAGAACAGAAACCACAAGAAGACAAAGAGGAAUCAUCAUCAUCCUCAGGACAUUCAAAAUGCAUUCCACGAUCAAUUAAGGCUUCAUUGUCGAAGCAUCCACGAAGUGAAUCCAUGAGAUCCCCUGUUUCUGAUGGACCACGCCACUCAUCAGACAGAAUUGAUGGCUCUGGCAUAUCCUCAGUGACAUCUAAUGGUAGCAGCAAAAGGAUCACAGAACCUCUUUCAUUGAAAAAGCAAUCAAAGAGGAUAGAUUCAUUUAAGGAAGAGGAGGAAGUGAUCAAAAUUGAAGAAAGGCUUGCUUCAGGAGCUCGGGUUAUAAUCCAAUCCAAACCAUUUUCAGACACAGCAUCCAGCAGCAGUUGAAAAAUUGAAGACAACAGAAAAAAAACUGCUUUAGUUUGAAUUCAACAUGAUUGUAUAUAUCUAUAUCUUGGUGGGUCCAUGGGACAUUUUCCUAAGCUUACAAGUAAAAUUAUUUUGACAAUUGACUCAAUGCAAAUGGAGCAGGUGUGGUCCCAGUGGUCCAUUACCUUCAAUAUCUAUUGUGCUGGAUAGAGAAGGACUGCAAUUCUGAUAUGAAGUGAUUGCACAUUCUGCUGUAACAA